AUGUCUGCGGUCCCACACCCCCUUUCUGACCUCUCUGCGCAAGAGUCCAACGCCGCCAGAGAUGCCGUCCUGAAGCUGCAUCCCGGCGCCGUUAUUGACUUUCGAGCCAUCUAUCUGCUCGAGCCCAACAAGGCCGACGUGCUCAAGUUUCUGGCUCUGGAGCACGCCGCCAAGCUCACGCCCGACAGCCCUCGCCCUGCCCGUCUUGCCCAGGUCAAGUACGAUGUCAUUGGGGGCUCAGAACCCACGCAGUACCACGAGUCUGUUAUCAAUGUCGCAACAGCUCAACGGGUCAAGCACACUGUUGUGGGCCAGGAACACCAUGCCAGUCUGUCCAUCUAUGAGUUUGAGAGAGUAGUCGAGGUUGUGAAAAACUCCCAAGUCUUCCAGGAGAAGCUCAAGUCCAUCCAGCUGCCCGAGGGAUUCGAGCUCGUCGUCGAGCCCUGGCCGUAUGGAGGGCCCGACGAGGCCGACGGCCAGACUCGGCUCUUCCAAGCCCUGUGCUUUGGUCGAGACACGAGGAGCGGGAACCCAGACUCCAACUUUUACGCGUACCCGUUGCCCUUUAUCCCCAUUGUAGACGCGAGAAAGAAGGAGGUGAUUCGCAUCGACCAGCCCGCAACGGGCGGCAAAGGCGACGCCCUGAGCGGUGCCUCGCACAAGACGCAGGUCCUGGACCACUGCCGGUCUGCGGAAUACGUGCCCGAGCUCAUCCCGGGCGGCACGAGAAAGGACGUGAAGCCCCUGACCGUGGUGCAGCCCGAGGGCGCGAGCUUCACCGUGUCUGAUGAGAACCUCAUUGAGUGGCAGAAAUGGCGCUUCCGCGUCACCUUUAACCCGCGAGAAGGCGCCGUGUUGCACGAUGUCCGCUACGACGGGCGCGACGUCUUGUACAGAUUGAGCAUCAGUGACAUGACGGUGCCGUAUGCCGACCCCAGAGCCCCCUUUCACCGCAAGCAAGCAUUCGACUUUGGCGACGGUGGACUGGGAAACUGCGUCAACAACCUGACACUGGGAUGCGACUGUCUUGGAGUCAUCAAGUACUUUGACGGGCUUCUCACCAACCCAGACGGCUCGGCCCAAGUGAGCAAGAACGUCAUCUGCCUUCACGAGCAGGACAACGGCAUCAACUGGAAGCACACCAACUGGCGCACGGGGCGCGCGGUAGUCACGCGGCGCCGCGAACUGGUGGUGCAGUUCAUCAUCACGCUCGCCAACUACGAGUACAUCUUUGCCUUCAAGCUCGACCAGGCGGCGGGUAUUACUCUAGAAGCGCGGGCCACGGGCAUCGUGUCCGUGGUCAACAUCGACGAGGGCAAGACGGCGCCCUGGGGCAACGUGGUCAACCCGGGCACGCUGGCCCAGAACCACCAGCACAUCUUCUGCGCGCGCAUCGACCCGGCCGUCGACGGGCACGGCAACUCGCUCGUGCGGGAGGAGAGCGUCCCCGUGGCCGUGGACCCGGCGACCAACCCCAACGGCAACCUGUAUGAGGUGCAGACGACGGUGGUCAAGACGUCGGCCGGCAUGGACCUCGACCCCUUCCGCAACCGCGUCUUCAAGGUGCAGAACCCGUCGAGGCGGAACCCCAUCAGCGGCAAGCCCGUCGGGUACAAAAUCACCACGCCGCCCACGCAGCUGCUGCUCGCGGCGCCCGGCAGCAUCCAGUCGAACCGGGCGCUCUUUGCGCGGCACCACCUGUGGGUGACCAAGUACAGAGACGACGAGCUGUACGCCGGCGGGCGGUACACGCUGCAGAGCCGGCGCGAGGUCGACGGGCUGGCGGACGCGGCGGCCCGGGGGGACAAUGUCGAGGACGAAGAUAUCGUCGUGUGGAGCGUCUUUGGGCUGACGCACAAUCCAAGGGUCGAGGACUGGCCCGUCAUGCCCGUGGAGAUGCUGCAGGUGCACAUUACGCCGUCCGACUUUUUCACGGGCAACCCUGCCAUUGACGUGCCGUCCAGCUUGGACAGCGGGUCGAAGCUGGCCAACGGGGAGUGCUGCAAGCCCGCCGUCAAUGGCAACGGCGUGUAG